CCACCCGCCCCUCUCCCCGCCCCCAAGGCGCUCCGAACUCACUGGUGAGCGCGGCGGAACGGGCGCUGGAUGCGGGGGCAGCCGCGAUGGCCCCGCGCGUGGGACAGCCGGAGCACAGGUGCCCGCUGCUGCCUGGGCUGCUGCUCGUGGCCGCGGCGCUGAGCCGGCCCGCCGCACCCUGUCCCUUCCAGUGCUACUGCUUUGGCGGCCCCAAGCUGCUGUUGCGCUGCGCGUCCGGCGCGGAGCUCCGGCAGCCGCCGCGGGAUGUGCCGCCGGACGCGCGCAACCUCACCAUAGUGGGCGCCAACCUGACGGUGCUGCGCGCGGCCGCCUUCGCCGGCGGGGACGCGGACGGGGAGGAGGCGGCGGCGGGCGGCGUGCGCCUGCCUCUCCUGACGGCGCUGCGCCUCACGCACAACAGCAUCGAGGUUGUGGAGGACGGCGCAUUCGACGGGCUGCCCAGUCUGGCGGCGCUCGACCUGAGCCACAACCCACUGCGAGCCCUGGGCGUCGGCGCCUUCCGCGGGCUGCCCGGGCUGCGCUCGCUGCAGCUCAACCAUGCGCUGGCGCGGGGCGGCCCCGCGCUGCUGGCCUCGCUGGACGCUGCGCUCGCCCCGCUGGACGAGCUGCGCCUCCUCGGCCUGGCGGGCAAUGCACUGAACCGCCUGCCGCCCGCCGCGCUGCGCCGGCCGCGCCUCGAGCAGCUGGACGCGAGCCUCAACUCUCUUACCGGCCUGGGCCCCGACGAGCUGCACGCGCUAGAGCGCGAUGGCGGCCUUCCCGCGCCGCGCCUGCUGCUCGCGGACAAUCCCCUGCGCUGCGGCUGCGCCGCGCGCCCCCUGCUGGCCUGGCUGCGCAACGCCACGGAGCGCGUACCCGACGCCCGGCGCCUGCGCUGCGCCGCCCCGCGGGCGCUGCACGAUCGGCCUUUCCUGGAACUGGACGAGGCGCGGCUGCGCUGCGCCGACGGCGACACCGACGGUCGCGGGGAAGAAGUAGAACUCGCCAGUCCGGAGCUGGAAGCCUCCUACGUCUUCUUUGGGCUGGUUCUGGCUCUCAUCGGCCUCAUUUUCCUAAUGGUGCUCUACCUAAACCGCCGCGGCAUCCAGCGCUGGAUGCGCAACUUGCGCGAGGCCUGCCGGGACCAGAUGGAGGGCUACCACUACCGCUACGAGCAGGACGCCGACCCGCGCCGCGCUUCCGCCCCGGCCGUCCCAACAGGCUCUCGCGCCACUUCUCCGGGCUCUGGCCUCUGAACUUCUCCUAUUGAGACUUGGGGGCUGCCCCUGCCAGCUGACGACCUUACUGGGGCAGCCUGCCCCAAAGCCAUGGUUGUCAGAUACCCGCGAGCUUGGGGCUUUGAGAUCUGCCCCUGACCGACCUGAGACCUUUGGAUUAUGGCAUCUCGCCCACCCGGAGGCCCCAAGCUGUAUUCCCUCUCCCCCAGCCUCUGAGACCUGUCACCAUCAAAGACGCAGACACCCUCUUCUGAUUCCAGAAAUUCCAUCCACCCAUCCCAGGCUCUGACAUCCCUCCUGAACCACCCAAAGCGCCUCUCCUUUUCAGGACUCACCCAGAGACCCUGUCCUUCAAUCCCCAAACCCUGAGACUGCUUCCCCACCCUGUGCUUUAAGCCCAGACCUCUCAAGACUGAACAUCCCCUAGACUACACUCCAGCUUAGAGCCCUCAGCUCCCUUCCAGAGCUCAGGGACCCUCACAUCCCAUUCUGGUCUCAGAAGCAGAGCAUCCCCACCAGAAGGUUUUUGUGGAGUUUGAGCCUUUUUUUUCUCAUCCCAGAGCUCUACCCUCUAUCCUGCGUAGAGAUCUGUAUCCCGGAGCUCUGAGGGUUGGGCACCCUCCCCCAAUCUGAGGAUGUAUUUCAUACCUCCUACCACCCCAGCUUUGGCCCAGGCCCCUUUCUUCCUUGGCCCAGGCUUGAGGCUCAGUUCCUGUCUCUCCCAUCCCAGGAACAGGCACACCCCGUUAUAGCCUUAGUGUCUGGCCGAUCCUCAGCCUUUCCCACUUUUGGCUCUGAGCCCCCAAUACUCAAUUCUUGUCUCCAAUCUCAAACUCUCACCUCUUUGCUUGGAUCUGAGUUUCAUCCCCUACCCAAGUCUUAGGCUCUCAAUUCCCCCCACACCUAUUGCUUGCACUCAGUACCCACGCCUACCACUCCCUGUGUCUGGGUCCAGUGAGGAAUCCAUCCCUGUGAUAUGCCCAUCCCCCUUUCCUCCUAGGAUGAGCUCUCCAGCCCUGCAAAACAGGCGCAGGUGCCAAGCACCCCCUCCAACCAUAUCAGCAGAUCCCCAUGGGGAUCCUGGAGGAGAGAGUCCUGAGGGUGCAAAGUAGAUGGUCUGGCCUCAGAACCAGGGUCACCUGACCAUCUUGCUGAAGAGAAGGGUAGGGGAGGUCACCCCCACGGGCUGGGAGCUGCUGCCCACAUGCUCUUUCCACCCAUGUGACUCUUCUCCCCUGGGGAGUCCUUGCUGCCACCCCCCCCCAACCCUGCCCCUGAAUGCCUUCUGGAAGAGGAAGGAGGUCUCUUCUGUCUCAGGCACAACCUCUCCUGUCCAGGGUCAGAGCCUCAGCGCCCUGCCUUCUGCAUGAUCCCAAAGCACAAUCGGUGAGUGGGGAGGGGGCUGCCUCUCCCUGACUCCCACCCCCUAGGUCAGGCAGAAUGGCUGGCCUGUGCUGUCUCUGCACACAGGAAGUCACCCUCCUUCAACAUACUGGCUUGAGGUCUGCAUUCCCACCUCAACCUGAGAAAUCUGGAUCUCCCCUGGGCAGUUUUCUAUAAAGUCUGCAAUAAUAUCAGAUACUCUGCUCUUUUAAGUGGUGCUAUGUCAUGGAAGUGUUGACCUUGGGUUGUUGAAGGGGG